UUUGUGGACGUAUAGCAAAUAAUGAAGAGCAUUUAAAGCUUCCCGUACUACGCGGUUACUAUAAGGCUGGAUCCCCAUGUACGGAAAAGCGGAAACACGUAUUCCGCGUAUUUUUUACGGAACGUCCCUUAUGAACUCUGCUUUAUUUUAAAAGCGCAAUAAUAAACACAUUACACAGCUUGACAUAACCUAUGUUUGUUUUCUUAUUUUUAUCCGUUGUAUGAAAUAGUGAUAAAAAAUGAAUACUUUCAAUAGCAACACUUUGUUGUCAGUAAUUGGUGCAGUUGUUGCCAAACAAAGAAAGUCUCCUUUAUUCUAUAAAAAUGAUAAAAAUCGCAAAAAGUUACUGUAUUUAUAUGUACUAUACAUCGAAAGGCAACAGGAUGAGAAAGUCACUAGGAGAUUUUGGGUUAGAGACUUUUUGAAAGAAGAACAAAGAUAUUUGCAAGGAGCUAGUGACAACUUAGUAAAGGAAAUGUACAGCCAUGAUCCUGAAAAGUUUUUUAACUUCUUUCGGAUGACACGAGAAACAUUUGAUGAAUUGUUAAGAUUAGUUGGUCCAAAAAUUGAAAAACAAAAUGUCAUACGUGAAUCUGUUCACCCUUUAAUCCGUUUACAAAUCACCUUACGUUAUCUAGCUUCAGGAGAUAGCAUGAUGUCUAUGCAUUAUAUGUUUCGUGUUGGGAAAAAUACUGUAUCACAAAUAAUAGCAGAGACUUGUCAGGUGAUAUGGGAUACCCUUAAACCAAUUGUAUUUGUUGAACCUUGUGCCGAAAACUGGAAGAAGAUUGCUAGAGAAUUUGAGGUGAAAUGGAAUUUUAAAAAUUGUAUAGGGGCAAUUGAUGGGAAACACGUAGUUAUGCAGGCUUUACCAAAUUCCGGGUCCACGUACUACAAUUACAAAGGCAGUCAUUCGUACAAUUUAUUAGCAAUAGCAGAUGCUAAUUACCAGUUUGUCAUGGUGGAUAUUGGUGGUGAAGGAAGACAAAGUGAUAGUGGUAUUUUUAAAUGUAGUGCAAUGGGACAAGGUUUUGACCAAAAAAUAUUCAAUUUACCAGAUCCAGAUGAAGUACCGUACGUUUUAGUGGCCGAUGAAGCCUUUCCUUUAACGGAGUGCAUGAUGCGACCUUAUCCACGUAGAGGCCAAUUAGAUAUGCGUAAAAAAGUGUUUCACUAUAGGUUAAGUCGCGCUCGUAGGGUUGUGGAAAGUUCUUUUGGAUUACUGGCAGGUAGAUGGAGAAUAUUUCGCACACCAAUUAUAGCAAGUUCUACAACAAUAAAAAAGAUUAUACAGUCGACUGUCUGUUUGCAUAAUUUCAUUUUAAUGAAAAAUGAGGCAGAUUAUAAUAUUCGUGUGACAGAAAAUACGGGAGACAUUGUAAUGGGUAAUUUAUGCGAGAUUAACAGCACUGGCAGUAAUACUUAUAGUCGAAAUGCUUCAACAAUCAGAGAAAAAUUUGCAGAUUAUUUUUCUGGUUUGGGAGCAGUGGAGUGGCAAUGGGAAAAAGCAUUGCAAAAUGAUUUUUAAAUAACAAGGCACAUUUAUGUUCGUCUUAUUUAGAAAUAUACUUAACUAAAUAUGUAACUUAUUACUAUAAAUUUAAUUCACACUCUCUGUCAUAAAUCAUUUGAAGUAUAUCUAUUUCUAGUUUUGUUCUAUCUCUAUAAGGAAAUCUCCUCAAGCUGUCACCUAUCCGAAUCAAUAUUCCAUCCACACCAUCAUUUGUUGUUGGCGUUGUCAACGCUUCCAAUAUACCCCUUUGUAGAUCUUCUGACUUUUUUCCUAAAUAGCACAGUAAAUUAUAACUUUUGCAUUAGAGAUUAAAUAUAUGUUUACUUUUUGCUGGUAUAGAAUCCAGACUGGGCGAAUGUCGAGGGGUCGAAACUGUGCUCUGUAAACUAGUUGAUUGAGGACUUGCUGGCAAAGAACUGACAGUCCUGUAGCAUCACUAAUUAUUUAUAAUUUAUUAUUACAAUUAUACAAUUACUUACGGUUGCCGAUCACUGGAAUCAUCUAAAAAUUUCAUCAAGGAAAAAUGCCUGAAUCGAGGAUCGGGAAUACCAGCUGCAGCCGAUCCGCUUGGUUUGUAUUGAUUCAUUUUUCUUUUUGCUUUUAAGUAACAAUCUCUCAGGUAUUUCCAUUUGGCUUUUAUUUCAUCUACACUUUUAGCUCCUCCUAGCAAAUUGUGAAUUUCAACCCAUAACAUGUUUUUCUUUGCUGCCGUUCUUUCCUGCAGUGGCAACCGACAGUCAUAUAAUG